GCGGCCAUGCUGCGGGUGGCGGCGGCGGCGGCCCGGAUCGGGGCGGGGGUUGUGCGGGGAGUUCGCGGGCUGGGAGACGGGGCGACCCCCCAACCCCGCAUCGACCCCGAACUGCUCGCCUACCUCGUCUGCCCGCUGUCCCGGAAGCGCCUGAGGUAUGAGGAGACCACCAAUCAGCUGAUCAACGAUGAGCUUGGGAUAGCCUAUCCGAUCAUUGACGGCAUUCCCAACAUGAUCCCACAGGAGGCCAUACUAAUUCCGAAAAGUGAAGACGGCAGCAAGGCUGAAGGAAGUUCCCAGCAGUGA